AUGCAGUAUCCUCAGAAUCAGGAGAACAUACUCAGGGGGCCCAGUACUUCAUUACUACUUUCACUACCCGAAGAGCUCGUCGAGCAAAUCUGCCAGCAGCUUUCGUCUAACAGGGAUAGCAGUUCCCUAGCCUUUCUAUGCCGAGCAUCCAAAGAUUUGAACAGGAUUGCCACCCGGUUUCUCUAUUCCGGUUUCUCUUCAAGGGGGAGCACACGACGUAUAGCCCUUUUUCUAAGAACGCUCUAUGAGCGGCCCGAGUUAUGCACAUACGUUCGUUGGCUAUCAUUGGAUGGCGGUGUUUGGUUCAACCUCUCAGAGGAACACAUUGGGUUUAUAUCCAAAGCGGCGGAAAGGUUCGGUCUUGACGUACUGUCACCGCAUAAGCUCGAUGUUUAUCCCUCUAGCAAAGAAGAGAGCGAAAACGAGGAGGACGGAGACGAUGAAGGCGAAAACCAAGCUCGUUCCGAUGAUGAUGGUGAGAGAAACGACCAAGAAAAUGUAAACCAUGCGAGCGAAGAAAAAGACAAAGAAUAUGAUGAAGAGGAGGAUGACGAUGAAGAUGAGGAUGCCUAUCCGCGAUCUCAGUUGGAUGAAUAUCCAUUUGAAACCAUGGCCCAACUGAUCAUCGCAUCGACACCAAAUAUUCGGAGUCUUCACGUCGAGGGAAGGCAGAUAAUGUGCGACACUGGCGAGGGAGCAUUUACAAUGCUUGAAGAGUUAGCUAAGCGAUCCCCGCCACCAGCCUCUCUAUUCCAUCUCCGCCACCUCUCCUUUGGUCAUGAAGAUUAUCGAGAAGUUUCUUUCAAAUAUUUUGAAGGUAUCAUAGCUCUGGCUCCCAAUAUCCGUACGAUUUUGGCCAAUCCCUGCUUCGACCAACCAAUGUAUGCUCCCAAAGCUCCAAUCAACAUUAGGAACGUCACCGACUUGCGAUUCAAAUCCGGGCAUUUAUCUACGCAGGGUUUGAACACGAUCCUCUCUUCUUGCGACAGAUUGGAGGUAUUCCAAUAUUACUAUGAUACAAUGUAUUCUGGCCUAGACCCUGUAUGUGCAACUCCAAGAGAGUUAAUCGAUGUUCUCUCACGCUACAAGGACUCACUCCGCUACCUCGACAUCAAUCUCGGAAGCCGUGAAGAGCAUGAGGGGGGACUCUACUUUGGUCUUUGUAUUGAAGGCCAAGAAAUUCUCUCCCUCAAGGUGUUUUCACGCCUUGAGACGUUGAAAAUUGACGGCACAUCCGUCUUGUUCCCUGAGGUGGGCACCGACAAGUAUCAUACUAAUAUUCUCACCGAAAUGCUCCCGCGAUCAAUUCGCACUCUACAUCUAAAGGACAUGCAAAAAGAGGCCGCGGCAAAUUUGAUUACGCUAACAGAUUCGCUCGAAUAUUUUCCAUAUCUCUCUGAAAUUUAUUUAGCUGGUAAUGAAAUUAAUGGACCGCUGGGAAAGUUCGAGGUUAUCUUCGAAGACACGGAAAUCCAGAUACUCCGCGAAAGGCUGACGAGUAGAGGAAUCUCAUUUCUCAAACGUGGACACUGGAAAUACUCAUUCGUCUCAUAUGGGGACGAGGAAACCAUCGAAUACUGGUAA